AUGCAGGGUGAAGGAAAUAGGUGCUUCAAACUAUUUCAUGCUUCAAUAAUUGUGGUCCUAAUUUUGUUUCAAUGUUGCAACCUUUCCCUAUCCUUUGAAGUCAAUAUUUCUUCAGGAGGGGCUGGCCACAGGGAUAUUGCUAAGGUGCCGAAGAUGAUGAGGUGCAUAGACAGGGAAAGGGAAGCACUCCUUGCUUUCAAACAAGGCCUCGUGGAUAGCAACAAUCUCCUCUCUUCGUGGGGAAGCGAAGCCCAAAAACAAGAUUGUUGUGCAUCGUGGAAAGGAGUCUAUUGUGAUGAAUAUACCGGUCACGUUGUCAAACUUGAUCUCCAGGACCAUUCUCUUGGUGGUCGAAUAUCAAGUCAGGUUGGAAAUCUUACUCACUUGCAAUAUCUCGAUCUCAUCCACAAUGACUUUGCUAGUGUUGCAAAUCUUAAUUCAUGGCUCCCUCGCCUUUCAUCGUUAAUCUAUUUGGGUCUCAGUUCGAGCAAUCUCAGUAAUUCUUCUGACUGGUUAGAAGCAAUUAAUAUGCUCCCUAAACUUACCAAAUUGUCAUUGUCUUUUUGUGGUCUUCAUUCUCCUCUUAUUCAUUCCAGUACUUUUUUUAACAUAAAUUCUUCAAAAUCUCUUGCUCAUGUUGACCUCAGUUCCAACCAACUUACUUCUUCAAUAUUUUUAUGGUUGUCAAACUACAAUGCCAGCCUUGUUCAUCUUGACCUCUCUGACAACCAAAUUGAAGGAGGGAUUCCGCAAUCUUUUUCCAGGUUAUGUAAUCUGCAAGCAUUGAAACUUUCCAACAACACUUUGAGUGGACAGCUUUCCAGGUUGGUUCAAACAUUAAUGUCUACAUGCCCUGAUCAUAACUCAUUUGAGAUUCUGGACCUCUCAGACAAUCUUCUUUCUGGAUCAAUUCCUAAUGUCACAAACUUUUCAUCAUUGAAAGAAUUAUCUCUCUCUAGAAAUCAAUUGAGUGGAACAAUACCUGAAAGUAUUGGGCAAAUGCCUAAGCUCGAGAAUAUCGACCUUAGAAAGAAUGCUCUAGAGGGGGUGGUUUCAGAAAGCCACUUCUCCAAUCUCUCCAAAUUAACUUCUUUGGAUUUGUCCUUCAACUCACUAAAUUUAAACUUCAAUUCUAAUUGGGUUCCUCCUUUCCAAUUGGAUUUCAUAUAUUUGCGAUCUUGCACAAUAGGUCCGCAUUUUCCAAAAUGGCUUCAAACUCAGAAAAAUUAUUGUUCUCUUGAUAUUUCAAAUACAGGAAUUUCUGAUAUCCUUCAAGUUGGUUUUGGGACAGGCUGUCUCAUGAUGGUUUUUUGA